AGUCACCUCGGAUUGUAGGAAUGUGCUCCCUCCCCAUGGCAAGAUACUACAUAAUUAAAGAUGCAGAUCAGAAGGCUCUGUACAUAAGAGAUGACCAGCUGCUGGUGGGAGACCCUGAUGCAGACAACUGCUGUGCAGAGAAGAUCUGCGUACUUCCCAACAGAGGCCUGGACCGGACCAAAGUCCCCAUCUUCCUGGGGAUCCAGGGGGGCAGGCGCUGCCUGGCCUGUGUGGAGACAAGGGAGGGGCCUUCCCUGAAGCUGGAGGAUGUGAGCAUCGAGGACCUGUACAAGGGAGGUGAGCGGGCCACACGCUUCACCUUCUUCCAGAGAAGCCUGGGCUCCGCCUUCAGGCUCGAGGCUGCUGCCUGGCCUGGCUGGUUUCUCUGUGGCCCAGCUGAGCCCCAGCAGCCGGUACGACUCGCCGAAGAGACUGAACCCUCUGCCCGCACCGAGUUCUACUUCGAACAGAGUCGGUAGGGAGGCAGGAGGCAGCGUUCCCCUGGUGCCC